AUGGCCGUGUCAAACCGUGGUCCCGAGCUACAACUUGUUGGUUACAUACUGGCCGUGACAGCUUUCAUCACGGUUCUGUUACGCGUUUUUGUCCGCGCAUGCAUUGUCAAGAGCUUUGGCUUCGAUGACUGGUGUAUGUGCAGUGCUCUUAUCACAUUCCUGCUAUUUGUCGUUAGUGCCCUUAUCGGCGUGCAUUACGGUACUGGUCGGCACCGCGAGGACCUUGAUCGCAAACAGUAUCAAAAGGCGAUGAUGUAUUGGUGGUGGUGCUAUAUAUGGUACUGCCUCACUAUGAUCGCGUCUAGAGUCUCUAUUGGUUACUUCCUCCUUCGAAUCACUGUCCGAAAGCUCGAUAUCUGGAUUAUUUAUUCCGUCAUGUGUAUCACUGUGUCUACAGGCGUUGUCUUCUUUUUCGUCACUCUAUUUCAAUGCUCGCCUAUUUCAUUCUUUUGGAACCAGGAACAAUCCGGCCAUUGCAUCGAUAUCGAGAUCAUUAUUGCCCUUACAUAUCUAUACAGCGUCUUUGGUGUUAUUUCCGAUUUUACUUAUGCUAUCCUGCCGAUGUUUCUGGUAUAUUCACUUAAUAUGGGACACAAGACCAAGAUUGCUGUUAUGCCUGUUUUGGCAAUGGCCUGCCUAGCGAGUUCAGCAGUAGUCGUCCGUUUUGCGUUUAUUAAUGACUUCAAGAACCCGGACUUUUUGUGGGCCACCAUUGAUAUCGCCAUUUGGUCAACCACGGAACAAGGCUUGGCUGUGACCGCGGGGUCGCUAGCGACUUUACAACCUUUAUUUCGAUGGCUCGGCCACAAGCUCAUUAUAUUGACUUCUGGUACAUCAGCCAUGCGCGAUACGGAUCAGCCUAUUAGAUUGGAAGAGGCAAAGACUACAAGAGAGGUUGGGAACAAAGGGAACAAAAACCAGGAUGCUUUUGUCCUUGACACAUUUAUGCGGGACGAUAUCGAUGAUCACCUGCGGGAUCAGGAGAUAACAUGUGCCAAACGGAGCGAAACAGACAGAGCGUCAAUAGGAAGGACACUGACAGGGUGGGUGUCGCGUGGAAAUGCGGAUAACGAGAGCGAAGAGGAGCUGACUGGAACGCACCUGCAUGGACGAGACACCUCGCGUAUCACCGUACAUACGGCCUUGGAGACUCAAGAGGACCGAAUUCGAGAACGGAGGCCAUCAUGGCAAUGA